UUCCCUCCUUUAGGUGAAUGAUAUCAUUUAUUCCAGCGGCAACUGUAUUUUAAACGAAAUGUUAUAUCACAUGUAUUUAAUAAAUAUCAGUUUUUGUGAUAUCAAUUGGGACAGGAUCAUAUAUUCAUUAUCUAUAGGUGUUCAAAGAAUGAUAACUUGAAGACUAAGUUUGCUUUAUCGAAAAAUGAUAGAUUAAGGUUAUCUUCUCAUAUUAUACUUGGUUUAUAAAUAGUCAUAUAAAACAAUUUUGGUUUAUUAAUUCUAUGAUGGAGCUUCUACAAAUUUUUAACAAUUUUAAAUUGCAUGAUUUGAACGAUAAGUGGGUAAAUACUGUGUGGAAUUCACAAUUCUUAACCUGCGAAGAACCACCUCAGGAUGAUUAUUUUCUUUUUAUUAAAAGCGAGGAUAUGGACCUAUUAUUACAAAACACAUGUGAAAUUGUCAAAGAUUGGCUUGCUGAAAUUGAUACUUCCAAAGAAUACAAUAAUGAAGAAGAAGAGAUUUCUUGGGGUGCAUUAGUAAGUUUGAAUAUAAAUGUGCAUGCUUUGUUAUCGGUUUUAUACUAUAUAAUCAAAUCUGGACAACAUGACAAAGCUAGCAAAACAAGUAAGCAAACUUGUUUAAAUGCUACAAGUUUAUAUUUCAUGUUAUUAGCCAUACCUGGAAGUCAUGCUUUUAAUAUAUUUCAUCCAAAUCUAUAUGAAAAAGCAAUUGAAUCUUUGAAGUUAUGCAAGUACCUAAUUCCAAUGAAUAGAAAAGAAAAUAAAACUGUUAAUUUAGAAUGUAUGGAUAUUAGCGAAGAUGAAUCAAGAGAUCAUGUUUAUGUUUAUUCACUCUCUGAAAAGAUUUUACUGAUGGAAGGUCUGGAAAGUAUUUUGUCAGAUUUCAUUGCAAUGAUCAAGUUAUUUUCAUUUCGAGCUUAUUCAGAUUCAUUAGAUAUUACUAUCUUCAUAUUACUUGAAGUUAUUGAUGUUAAUCAGUUUGAAUGUCAAAAGACAGGAAAUAGCUUGUUUUGUAAUGCUUAUACAGCUCUUUAUGAAUUAUGUGAUAAUAAACACGGACCUAUCAAUUCAACUAUUAUGAUAAUAGUAAAAUAUAUACAUCCUCAUUUUCUCUUUAAUAAUCACAAUGAUCAUCAAAUAAAAUUAAUGUCAAAUAUGCAUGAAUUAACAAUAGAUUUAUUAAGAAAAUUAUUAGAUACUUAUGAAAAAGAAGCUAAGAUUGCUUUAAUGACAUUGAUACAAUAUAUUAUGGUUAAAUGUCCAGAACGACAAGAAGCUCGUCAAAAGCAAGUCACAGUAUUGUUAAAACUUCUUACGAUAUGCAAAGGAGACAUCAUUGUGUAUAUUAUUAAUGAUAUAAUAUCCCUUUCACAUCAUACGAAAGUAUCCUGUAGGGUUUUUGCUCAAGAGAUCAUUGGAAAACUUUUACUAGAAUCUAAUUUAAGUAACUACAAUUUAAUAGAAUCUUUUCAACAAAAGAAAAUAAUAAAAGCAUUGAUUGCUACAACAUUGAGUAGAUGUAUUGAUUCUUCUAAUAUAGUAAGAAGUAAAGCUAUGGCAAUAAUUGCAGAGUUUACGGACACACAAAAUAAUAUCACUGAUAUGAUUGUAGAAGACACAUCUAAAGUAUCAUGCUCAGAUGAAACACUUCCUUUACUUGAUGAAUUAAAAAAAAUGUUAAUAAAAGAUGUUAAUCCAAUAGGAUUGAAUGUAGUAUUCAUUAUGUUAAUAGAUCGAGUGGAAGACGAAAGAGCAUUAAUAAGAAAAAGUGCACUACAAAUUUUAAAAAAUUUGACUAUUAAGUUUCCCAUACUGAUAUGUCAAGUUGCUCCUAUAAUUGGUCGUCGUUGCAGAGACCCUGUAAUGACUGUACGUUGUUUUGCUAUACAUACAUUAUCUGUUAUUUUAAAAUAUUUUCCUAGUGAUUCACAAAUUCUUAACGAGUGGAUAGAAACAGUAUUACCACAAAUAUUUGAUACUGAAAUUAAAGUACAAGAAAAAGCACUAGAAUCUUUCCAAGACUUACUAAUAAGUAAGGUAACAAAUCAUUCCAAUUAUAUUGAUAAUGCAAUAAGCAGUUUACCAUGGAGAAUCGUGGGUAAAUUAAUUGACAUGAAAAUGAUAAAACAUUUAUCAAGAGCUUGUGAAAUAUGGAUUAAAAAUAAUCUCAUAAAUAACUCUUUAAUCACAGAUAUACAAUCACAUAUUGGAUCAACAAAUGAUACAUCUGCAUGGGUUCUUUUAACAGCAAUAUCUAAAAGCAUGAAAUUACCAAAUUUGGAUAAAUAUAUUGGCAAUUGUAAGGAUUUUAUAGAAAAAAAUAAUUAUAAUACAAAUUUAAUUUUACAAAUAUUGAAAAAUUCUUGGUCGUCUUUAAGUAAAGACGACAUGAAGGAUUUGUAUGAAUAUCUUUAUAAAUGCCUUCGUGAAUUUAAAAUUCAUUUUAGUUUAAUCAGUAUUUGUCUUGAUAUCAUUGGUGGAAUAAUAAAAAAAUUGCAUCCUGACGAUAAUAACCAAUUAAUGCAAUCGAAUAUGAUGGAAUUAAUGGAAAUAUCAGAAUUACAAAUAGAGAAAAUAUUUAAAAAUAAUAAUAGAACAAUUAUAGAUACAUCACAUUUCAUAAAAGCUAUGUCUACAUUAGGACAUACUGCAUUUUCAUGUACUAAUAAACUUUCAUCAUCUACUUUACGUAUUUUGGAAGGCAUAUUACUUGAAUCAGAAACAUUACCAGAUUCAAUAAAGGAAGUAAAAGAAUUACAUGCUUUUGCUGUGGUUGUACUUGGACAACAUGCAAUCAGGGAUCAUAAGAUAGCGCAAGAGGUAAUACCAAUUUUAGGUAGACUCUUACGUACAAAUAUAAAUCACAACUCAAGCACAGAAAUAGCAAUAAAGGUGAAUGCUGCAAAAGCUUUAGCAGAUCUUUGUAUUAGGUUCACUACAUUAGUUGAACCUUAUUUGUCAGAUAUGUGUAUUUGUAUGAAAGAUAAAAAUUCUAUAUUAAGAGAAGCUAUUGUUGUAAUAUUUAUAAAAUUAUUGUUAGAAGAUUUUAUAAAAGUAAAAGGACCAUUCUUUUUCCAUAUAUUAACCAUGCUAUUUGACCCAGAUAAAAUGAUACGAGAGUUAACUAUUUUUUUAAUUGAAGAAAGACUUUUAAGAAAGAAUAAAGUAUUAAUUUCACAAAAGUUUUUGGAAAGCAUAUUUCAUUAUAAUAAUUAUCAAUUUAAGCACAAAUUAUAUAAUCGUAAAAUGCGAAAGGAAGAAAAAGAAAUUUUAACAUUUCCUGGAAAUAAAAAUCAUAGUAACAGAGCAAUUAUUUAUAAUUUUAUGAUAGAGCAUUUAGAUCCUCCUGAAAAAAUAAAAUUACUUGUAAAACUAACUACACAAAUACUAGGUAGAGUUUUUAAUGGUGCAAUUAAUGUUACAAGUGAAGAAGGAGCAUGUGUCUUAAAAGACACAUUAUAUAUACUUAAUAAUGAGCGUUUACAACUAUUUCUAUCAUCUAAUAAACAUGCUAUAAAUUCUCAAGAUCCAGAAGAUUUCAUAAAUCCAUCAGAUGUAUUAACUACUAAUGCAAUAACUAUAAUUAUAGAAGGAAUGAAAAGGCAUGGUUUAGAUAUAUUACUGCCAACAUUAUUAAAAGUUAAAGAAAAAUUAGAAAUUUUAAAAUCACCCUUAAAACAUGAUCUAAUGAGAUUUGUUUUUAGAAUGUAUACAAUUUAUAGCAAAGAACAACUUACAAAUUUGUUAAAUGAAUAUCCACAAUUGGAAGAAGAAAUGGAUCAAUACAAAAAAAAUGUUGAUAAAGAUGUAAACAUGGAGACUAAUAAUGUUGAAAUAUAUGAAAAUUUGGCAUCGCAUAAGAAUGGUACUCAGAAUCUUAAAACCAAUAUACAACUUUCGAUUUGUAAUCGUAUACCUAAAGUUAUUUUACAUCGUAUUUCACCAGCGGCCCUUAAAAGAAGCCAAGAAUCUAAUCCAAGUACAAGUACACCCAAAUUAUCUGACAGAAGUUCCAAUCAUAAACGUAGUUGUAUAUCACCAAUUAAAUGUACUAAAAAAAUCUCAUUCUCAGGAGAUAGUAUUAAAUCAUAAAGUUAUAAAAAAUAAUACAGAGCGAAUUGAAAAUGAUAAUAAUUCUGAAUAACUAAAAAAAUAAAUUUUAUGUUUAAUAAGAGAUGUGGUAAUAACAAAAAA